AUGGUUCAUUUCUCAAAGGCGGUCCCCGUUUGUCUUUUGGCAGGUAUCGCAAAUGCUUUCAACUAUGAUCAACCUUUCCGUGGCCAAUACCAUUUCUCCCCCCAGGAAAAUUGGAUGAACGAUCCCAACGGGCUCCUCUACCAUAACGGGACAUACCAUUUGUUCUUCCAAUACAACCCCGGCGGAAUCCAGUGGGGAAACAUCUCAUGGGGUCAUGCUACCAGCAAGGAUCUCACCCACUGGGAAGAGCAGCCGGUUGCCCUUCUGGCCCGGGGAUUUGGCGGCAACGUCACCGAGAUGUACUUCAGCGGAAGCGCCGUUGCUGAUGUGAAUAACACGAGUGGCUUUGGGAAGGAUGGCAAGACCCCGUUGAUCGCCAUGUACACUUCCUACUACCCCGUUGCGCAGACCUUGCCGAGUGGUCAGGCUGUCCAGGUGGACCAGCAGGCACAGUCCAUCGCCUACAGUCUUGAUGACGGUCUGACAUGGACGACAUACGAUGCUGCCAAUCCAGUUAUUCCCAACCCUCCCACCCCAUACGAAGCCCAAUACCAAAACUUUCGUGAUCCUUUUGUGUUCUGGCACGACGAGUCCGACAAGUGGGUCGUUGUCACGAGUCUGGCCGAGCUGCAUAAACUGGCGAUUUACACUUCUGACAACCUUAAAGAUUGGAAGCUAGUGGGUGAGUUCGGACCUUACAACGCACAAGGCGGCGUUUGGGAAUGUCCCGGACUUUUCAAGUUGCCCCUUGACGGAGGAAAGUCCACCAAAUGGGUCAUUACCGGCGGGCUGAACCCUGGUGGUCCCCCGGGCACUGUCGGUUCCGGAACCCAGUACUUUGUGGGUGACUUUGACGGCACCACCUUCACUCCUGACGCCGACAGUAUAUAUCCGGGCAACUCGACGGCCAACUGGAUGGACUGGGGUCCGGACUUCUAUGCUGCGGCUGGCUACAAUGGGCUCUCCAUUGACGACCACGUCCACAUCGGAUGGAUGAAUAACUGGCAGUAUGGAGAGAACAUCCCCACAUACCCCUGGCGCAGUGCCAUGGCAAUUCCUCGUCACUUGGCUCUGGAAACCAUCGCCAACAAGACAACCCUUGUGCAACAGCCCCAAGAAGCCUGGUCCUCUAUCUUGAGCAAGGCUCCGGUCUAUUCGCACACCUACGAAUCCGUCCCGGAAGGCUCUAUCAAUGUGAACACCACCGGAGAGACAAUCAAGGUAGACUUGAGCUUCUCUGCUGCUUCAAAUGCUUCGACGUUCGCAAUUUCUGUGCGAGCCUCUGCCAACUUCACCGAGCAGACCCUUGUGGGUUACGACUUCGACACGAAGGAGGUUUUUGUCGAUCGCACCAAGUCUGGAGACGUAUCGUUCGACGAUACAUUCGCUAGUGUCUAUCGCGGACCUCUUGCACCGAGUGACGCUGGCGUAGUGAAGCUCAGCAUCUAUGUCGAUAGGUCCAGCGUUGAGGUGUUCGGUGGUCGGGGCGAGACUACCCUAACGGCUCAGAUCUUCCCAAGCAGCGAUGCAAUUCAUACCCGGUUGGUGUCGACUGGUGGAUAUACCAAGGAUGUCCAGCUUGACAUUUACAAUGUGUCUUCCACAUGGAAUUAAUCCCGCUAGCAUGAUAACUUCUGAGAAAAGACACCACCCAGCCUUCUGAAAACGAUCAGGGCUCUCCAAGUACCAUGAUUAAAUAAAUCCUAGUGACCUC